CCUCCAUUUUCAUUUCUUGCUCGUCAUCACUACUAUCAAGCGCACUUCACCCAACCGAGACAAUGAGCGACAAUUCGGAAGGUGAGGGGCAAGACGCCUUGAGCCAAGACAUCUCGUGGGAGCUUGGCAGGUUCAUCGCGAGCAAAUCUUCCACCUUCGCCUGCGGCGGCGCCAUUCCCAUUGUGGAUCCUGUCCUGGAUCCUCUCCAGAAGGAAACCGUCGAUACCACCGGGAGCCCCAGCAAACGCCGUCGCAAGGAUGAUACACUAUCCACUGCGCCCAUCAGCAUCCGCUGGGACUCUCCCCAGGGAAACGAGGCUGUCGGUGUCGCCAAAGUCACUUUCCCCGUCACUGAACCGGAUGGAGAAGCCAGCUUCACCAAGCUAGCUCAGGACAGCCAGCCCGCGGGCUUUGGGUACCAGGGCAAGAACGUUCUCGACGAGAGCUACCGCAAGGCUGCCAAGAUGGAUCGCUCUGACUUCUCGUCCGAUUUCUGCCCCUACGAGCUCGGCAUCAUCGACACCAUUGCUCAAGUUCUGCUGCCGAACACGAGGGACGGGAUUUCGACGAAGGGUGUGCGGGCGGAGUUGUAUAAACUCAACAUAUACUCCUCCCCGUCCGGCUUCUUCAAAUCGCACGUCGACACCCCCCGCUCCGAGGCCCAGUUUGGCUCUCUCGUCGUCUGCCUCCCCUACAAACACGAGGGAGGACAGCUGAUCGUGCGCCACACCAAACACGCCAUCACGUACGACUGGAGCACCUCCAAGGCCGGGGCCGACGCCGUUCACUGGGCCGCCUUCUACAGCGACUGCGAGCACGAAGUCAGGGAGCUGACCCAGGGCCACCGCGUCACCCUGACCUACAACCUGUACUACGCCCCGGGCGUGGGCGACCUCGCCGAGCACGCCCCGGCCAUGCAGGUCCAGACCCUGCCCCUGUACGACAAGGUGCAGGGCGCGCUGGCCGAGCCCUCCUUCAUGAACGACGGCGGCCUUCUGGGCGUCUACCUCACGCACGCCUACGCGCACAGCACGCGCGCGGGCCGCAAGGCCCUACCGUCGGUGCUCAAGGGCGCCGACAUGGCCGUGUACGCCGUGUUCCGCGCCCACGGGCUGAAGGUGUGGAUCCGCCCCGUAUUGCCGCGGGACAGCACCGUCGAUGAGUACGGCUACGAACCCCACGGCGACGAGGAGUUCAACACACGCGUCGGGGUCCACCUGGGCGAGCUAAUCGUGACCGACCAGGGCGGGUACGACGGCGUGGAUGCGGAGGACAUCUGGGACGAAUGGAGCCACGAUCGGGUGGACGUGAACUGGCUGACGGGCCCCGGGCCGGCCGAGUUGGAGGAGGCGACUUUUAUGCAUUUGACUUACGGCAACGAAGCUAGCAUCGACACGGUGUAUAUGCAUGCUGCGCUGUUGGUUGAGGUUCCCGCCGCAAGCGAGCGCACGCAAGUUGCGGAGCGUGGUUAACUGGAGGAUGGUACAGGCACAGGAGACGAC